AUGAGAGCAUUCACAUCCACAAUCCGCCACCACACCCUGAAGAAGAAUCACACAACAAGCUUUUUAUUUUCAAAAAGAAUUGGAAAAGAAUCAAUUAGAACAUUUUCUAAAAAUGUAAUCCUAAACAAUCAAAUUCCGCCACCAACAGAAGAACAAGUAAGACACUUAUAUGACUUGGUAAUGAAUAAAAUUGUUUGGGAAAAGGCAAAUAGAAAUAUAGUUCAUGAGGAUUUGAAAAUGGAAAAUCAAUUUUCGAAACUUGAUUUGAAACUUUUGAUUACUAAUACCUCCCUAUUUGCUGAUCUAUUUUCUUUCACACAAGAUUUAUUGACAUUUGAUCGAUAUAAUCUUGUUCAGAAUAGGGAAGAAUUGAAAGAGGUGAAUAUUUCAAGUUUGAUUCAAUAUUCUCAAUUUUUUGCACAUUUACUGAAAGGUAUUGUUCAAGGAUGGUAUUCAUUUAAAGAUUUGAAACCAUACUUUCCAAAUCCACUUACAGGAGUUCAAAUUGAUGGUAAAGAUUUGGUUGAAAAUGAUCCAGUGACCUAUUUAUAUUGUUUAUGGGAAUUGAAUUCAAAGGAUUUUGUAAAUGAACAAGUUCCAUUUACAAGAGAGAAAUUGAUUUGUUUAAUUCCAAUCAUUUUCUCUGCACUAGACCAAAAUGAUCCUGUAACUGCUUUACAAUACAUGAAAUUAUUUGUAAAGCAUUAUCCUAAAGUUAAACAAUUAUACAUAACAUCAGCUCAAGGUAGUGAUGAAUUUUCAUUGGAAUCAAGUUGGACAAAAGUUUUAGGUAAAGUUUACACUGAGAAUGAAUUUGAUUCGUGUUUAGAUUGGGAAACUGAACUACCUGUAAACCUAAAUGGAAUGUACAAUAUUUUUAAAACACAUGCAGACCACCAAACAAUUGAAGAUCAAUGGAAAGUACUCUCAGUUAUUGAAGAGGAAGAAAAAAAAACACCAUCCAAUCCUUAUAUUUUAGUAUUUAAGGGAUAUUUUGGAGAUAGUGCUAAAGAUUUUAUUUAUGGAUCCAAAUGUUUAGAACUAUUAGCCAAAUCACCUGCCAAAGUUGAAAUAUUGAAAAGAACUGAGAAAUUUAAUGUAUUCAAGAAUGAACAACCAUCCAACCUUGAAAUAAUCAAAGAUUUCAAAUUCUUUCCUCUAUUAUUUUGGAAAUGUGUAGUCUUAUCAAAACAGGAAGAUCCACGAAUGGCAGUAGAAUUAUUCAAACAAGUGGAAUAUUAUUCAAAAAAACAAACUCAUUUUCCAUUAUUACUCUUGAAAAUGACUUUAGAAUUCAGAUUUGCCAAUGAUGAAGAGGUAUUACGUAUUUUCCAAUUGAUGGAACCAUUCGAAUCACAAACUAAUCUUGUCCUUCUAGUCAGUGCAACAAACUAUGCUUGCAUGUCAAUGAAAAAUCUAGGAUUAGAACAGGAAAUUGUUCCAAUGUUGGAAAAAUUUAUUGAGAAAUAUGGCAAGGAAAGUAAUUUUACAACUAUUCUCAAUUACUAUAAAAAGUAAAAUAGUUCUAUUUUCAUUAAAAGUUACUACUAGCUCUC